AUGGACAGUUAUUCAUUUGUACGGCCCGGAAAACUAAAAUUGAAAGGUGAAAAGAAAAAAAAGCAUCAUAAAAGAAAGCAUGAUUCAGAGCCUAAAGCGAAAAAAUCAGAACUCAUACUUGAUGCAGAAGCUCAUGGUGGCUGGUGGUCUGUUAAGGAGUUCGAUGAAAUUAAGGACUCAAUCGCAAUACAGGUGAAUGUUGCAUCUAGUGGACAAUCAUUCAAUGAGUCUGAACAGAAUUUAAGUAACAAGGAGUUUCCGGAUGCUUGUUACUUGUCAGCUACUGAUGAGGGCCUACUUGUUAUUGGUCCACCAAGGAAAUAUGGCGAACCACCGGCUCCGGAAGAAAUUUUUACUGCCAUGAAAGUUUCAGAAACCAAAGUUGCUUUUAAAUCUGGUUAUGGCAAAUACCUUGGCGUCUCUACGAAAUCCGAUGCUCUUCUAACGGCUACAGCAGAUGCCGUUGGUAUUUUUGAACAAUUUGAACCAGUUUUUCAAGAUGGUCGUAGUGCAUUGUUGGGUGCAAACAAUUGUUUCCUUUCUCCAGAUCCUGAAACAGACGAUGUAGUAUUCAAAAGUCAACAAGCUAAGACGAAUGAAAUGGUUACUUUCCGUUCAAACAAACCACUUACACACGAUCCUCUAUUGGACAUACCAGAAGAAGAACGCGAGGGUUUGAAAAAGCUGAGGUUAAUUAUGUCCGUAAAUAUCAGAGCUGGCAAGAUCAAAAGCUUCGUUUGA